UAUUCCGCCAUCCUGGCCCUCCACGCCACUUUCACGAUUCUCCCCUCUUGAUCCGCCUGUGGCUGGAUAAUUUCACACCCUUCCCCUCAACCCCCUUCCGAGUUCAACCUACGCUUCUCCUCCCCCAAGAUACCCCCAUACAAGGAAUGACCAGACAACAAACCGAAUCCUUGUCGUCUACCCGUCUUCAGAAUCGGUUCGAAAUUACGAAAGGGACGAUAGCGCAAUCUUCGCAGCCGAAUUUGUUCCAUUGAAAACAAGCCUCGUGCUUUUGGUUUCGCUGUCCGCGUCUCUCGAGUCAUGGCUCCCAGCGCACCCAACCCGGCGGCCACCGCACCCGCCAAAAAGACCUCUGUCCCCGAGAAGAAAUACAAAUGCCAAUUUUGCAAUCGUGCUUUCAGUCGGAGUGAACAUCGCAGCAGACACGAACGAUCGCACACUAAAGAGAGACCUUUCAAAUGCUUAAAAUGUCGGAGCACCUUUGUGCGUCGAGACCUGCUUCUUCGACAUGAUCGUACGGUGCACGCCAAGGAUGGUGGCAUUCCGCUGGUGUCUGAGGGCAGGCGACGCGGCGGUGGCGCAGGUGUGCGAAAGACUUCCCCCGCCUCGGGGCCCGCCAGCAAGCCUUCGAUUACAAUUGAUCCCACCUCCCUUGAACAGAUGGAGGCUAGCAGUGAUGGUAUGGUCGAUCUCGAAACCGCAGCCAUGUUGAUGACGGAUUUCCAACACAAGGCCGCAGCCGCCGCGACGGGUCAAACCAACGAUCGUGCUGAAUCCGAUCGCUCGUUUUCCCCCGGACGCGCUUCGCUACUAGAGCCUUCGGUGGGAUAUAUGUCAGGGAAUGCAACGCUACCGCAGAUGCCUUGGGAUACCCUCGUCUCCCCCGCCGACACCAAACACUCGAUGGGUUCGCCUUUCGCGUCCCACGAGGGUGGGCCCGACUCGCAUCCACUUCCGUCGGUGAUGGAUCGGCACGGGCCCGUAGGCGAUGGUUUGGCUCCCUCGCUCCACUCGUUGGUCAACUCGCUACCCAUGUCGGGCACUUCGACGCCGAACGCCUUGUCCCCGUACCCUUCAAUGACGGGCCCCGUCAGCCCUGUGAAUUACCGUAGAUCCCCUGGUCCCAGCCAGGCUUUGACGCUGCCCAAGGCACCUCAAAUCGCUAGCGACGCUGAGCGCCACAUGAUCGUGGAACGACUAGAGAACGCGGAUUCGCUGGGUGUAUUACCUGACUCGUUCCAGCUGCCCCCUACAUCUGCUCUGAACAAGUACUUGUCGACGUAUUUCAACUUGUAUCAUCCGCAUUUGCCCUUCUUGCAUCAGGAGUCGUUCCAGCCGGCCGAUGUCUCGGCGCCUCUGCUGCUCGCCGUUCUCUCGAUAGGUGCCCUGUAUACCUUCGAGCGGAAGGAUGCGUUCAUGCUUCACGUGGGAUCGAAGAUGUUGGUCAACCAAUUCUUGCAGCACAAGGAGAACUUUGACUCGAGGAAGUGUCCGCUGUGGGCGAUGCAGAGCACCCUUCUGAACAUGAUUUUCGAGAGUUGGAGUGGUGACCCGAAGGGACUCGAGUGGACCUGCUCUAUCAAGAGUCUUCUAGCGAAUAUGGUUGCUGGAAACCGCUAUCAGUUGAAGCUUCGUACUGAAAGUCGUGAGGGUCUCCCCACGAGGGAGGAAUGGAUCGAGGAUGAGUCUUGCCGCCGUACAUACUAUGCGGUCUACAUCUUCUUUGGCAUGCUCACAUUGACUUUCAACCACACCCCAGCAAUGAGCUUCGACGAGUUUGACAACCUUGAACUACCUUCUUCCGAGUCGCUGUGGAACCUCGAUGCGACCGAUGAGGACGUCUGGCGCCGAAACCUGGCCAAUGCUUCCACCUUGACUGUUCGCGAGGCACACGAUUGUCUUUUCCAAGGCGAGCAGACCCGGUACAGUGCGUUCGCCACCCGUGUCCUCAUCAACGCUCUGUUCCUCCAAGUUUGGAACCACAAGCGCAGCUUCGAGGCUCUUCAGGAUGUGGUCACCGAGUACAAGCUCCGUCUUGCAUUGGAGACCUGGGAAAGCUCUCUUGAAGUCUGUGAGCCUGAGACGAUCGUGGUGCCCCUCAGCACCCCGCAGAAGGGCCACCCAUUGAUCUUCAACUCGAUGGCGGUCUACCGUAACACUCGUGCUCGCUUGGAAGUGGAUCUCAAAUCGAUUCAAGAGGCACUGCGUUAUCACUCCUCGUACGAGGUGGCGGCUGCCAUGACGGUGGCCCGCGAGAAGGUCAAGCGAUCUCAAGAGAUGAACAAGGUUAUUCAGUCCUGUUUCGAGUGCAUUGAAAUCGCUGCCGUUCAAGGCAUCAACUGGGUGGCACAGACGUCUGCCACGAACUGGAGCGUCGAGCACCCCCUGUGUGGCUUGGACUUGAUGGUGAUCCUUAGUCUUUGGCUCUAUCGCCUGGAACAUGACGAAGAGCCAGCGACCGAGGCCGAGAUUGCCAUCUACAACAAGGUGCGGAAUCUGUUUGAUGACGAUGCCGUCGAUGCUUUUGGUAAACUCAGCUCUACCGUGGCCCGUGUAUGGGGUAAUAUCCUAGACGGCGUGGUAGUUUGGGGUAUCACCAAGCUCAUGGGCGAGUCAUUCAAACUGCAUUCCCAGGCUUUGAUCGGCUACGAAGAUUCGUUGCGCGUUGCGAAAGACCAGCCUAUUCAUGCAAUGCCUGCGAAGACCCUGGCCAGUGUGGGCACAGCAUACUAAUCCUGCACAUUGCCAAUAGCGGUGGCUUUAGUUGCCACCAGCACAUACACUUCUUUACAUUCAUUCAACAUCAUAUUUGGGACACUGGAUUCCGGGUUAGGGUCGGGAACGGAUGCGCAAGUCUGGGCGGCA